CGGCCCCGCGAAUAACCGGGCGGCGACAGCAUGCCCUCUUGGCCAAAUGACUCGAAGUGUCUCUCCCAUAACUGCAGCUGGGAAGAGACGUACAACACCACAAAUAACGCUGAUCACUCUCUGCCUCCCCUGAAUUACUAUUCAAUCCCAGUCCUUACGUUCAUCACCAUUGCCUGCACACUGCUGUUCCUGGUUGGAGUGGCUGGAAACGUCAUGACCAUCCUGGUGGUCAGCAAGUACCGGGACAUGCGCACUACCACUAACCUGUACCUGUGUAGCAUGGCUGUAUCAGACCUACUCAUUUUCCUUUGCAUGCCGCUGGAUCUCUACCGCAUGUGGAAGUAUAGGCCCUGGCGCUUUGGGGACGCACUCUGCAAACUUUUCCUGUUCGUGUCAGAGUCAUCCACAUACUCCACCAUCCUGAGCAUCACUGCACUCUCAGUGGAGCGCUACCUGGCUAUCUGUUUCCCGUUGCGCGCAAAGGCUCUGGUUACCAAAAGGCGUGUGCGCGCCUUAAUCUUUAUCCUUUGGACAGUGUCCCUUUUGAGCGCAGGCCCCGUAUUUGUCCUAGUGGGGGUUGAGAGGGACAGUAUGGAACCACAACAUUUCAACUCUUGGAUGAAUGAGACUGACUUUUUGGAAGCUGCGGACACCCGGGAGUGUAGGAUGACGCAGUACGCUGUAGAAUCAGGCCUGAUGGGGGCCAUGGUGUGGCUGAGCUCAGUUUUUUUCUUCAUGCCAGUUUUUUGUCUGACUGUGCUCUACAGCCUUAUAGGCCGCCGGUUGUGGCAGAGACACAGGGAGACAAACAUGAGCUCCCGUGUGGCUCACAGGGAUAAAAGCAACAGACAGACCAUCAAGAUGCUGGUGGUGGUUGUGCUGGCCUUCGUCCUGUGUUGGUUACCGUUCCACGUAGGUCGAUACCUGCAGUUCCGCUUCUUGGACGCACCAUCUCCACUGCUGUCUGUGCUGUCUGAGUACUGCAACCUAGUGUCAGUGGUUCUCUUCUACCUGAGUGCGGCAAUAAACCCCAUCCUCUACAACACCAUGUCCUGGAAAUACCGGAGCGCAGCAGCGCGCCUCUUCGGCUUGACCGAAAACCAGCCGUCACGGAGCCGCACAGCCAGCACUGUGAAGGGAGACGGUUCGAACGGCUGGACGGAAUCCAUGGCCAGCUUCUGACUGCAUGUCGAUCAAAACUGUCGGUCUGUAGAGUUCUGACUGUUAGACUACUCACCUGAAAGCCAUCACUUCUGUAAAACAAGGGCAAAAAAGAAAGAAAGAAAGAAGGAAAGAAAGAAAGAAAGAAAGAAAGAAAGAAAGAAAGAAAGAAAGAAAGAAAGAAAGAAAGAAAGAAAGAAAGAAAGAAAGAAAGAGGGAAAAUACCCAUGCAAGUUCUCCUCUUUAUUUUGACUCAAAAGGGAUGAACACGCAUCAUUUCAGCAAGUGCCAUACAUUGUCCAUGCAACACAAUCAGUAACAUUUGAGAAACAAGAUGGGAUGCAAAUUCCUACACACCUCUCCGAAGUGCUCAUGCACUCAUGUGCAUAGGCCUACUGUACAUAAACAUCACAGACAUCUACAACUGCCUUAUAUUGAAUUCGCAUUCUGGAUGACAAAGAAAGCACUGUAGAAUUUGUGGCACUGCUCUGUUCUCCUUCAGGGAGGGACAGAGGUGCAGUGUGUGUGUGUUUGUGUGCCUGAGAGAUACAUUAGCACAGUGUGUGUUGUGUAAUGGGGUGUGAUUGAUGUCUCUGUAAACAACUUUUUAACCUAUCAAUGACUUGUAUUAAAACAUUUCCAUUCUGUAGUGAUGCUGCCAACAGGGGUCACUGGGACUGGAGGACAGCAGCGGUUUUUGUAGUGACCGGGAGUUUACAACGUUUUAAAAAUGUAUCAGUCAUUGCUUUUAGCCGCUAUAGUUAUGUGUUAAAUACACACCAUCCAAUUUGAGGCCAUCUCGCUCACUAUACCAAGUUAAUGUCAGUAUCAAAAUAAGGUGCCUCUGAUAGAGUGUCACUUAUUAUCAUCAUUAUUUUUGUAAAGGUCAGUUCUCAUUAUCCAGUGCAUUAAAAAUUGGAAUUUCAGUUCAGUUGAUUUCCUUGAUUUCCAUUUAGGUUUACUGUAUAGAUCUAGUUCACAGCAAACGUCAUCUCAGGGCACUGUUCAGAAAAAGUAAAAAAGUUCAAUAUAAGUCAAAUUAAGUAUAGUCCAAUUUCACCAAAAUGCACAACACUUUAGGAGAUACAAUAAAAAAGUUUUACCAUAUAAAUCACCACUUCAGUGAUGAAACCCCUAAUUGUCUCCGCAUCUUGGGAUCUGUUCAUUCUUGAAACGUUCUUGAUUUAUUAUUGAUGUCAUCAGGUAAAUGGCACUCACCUUAAAAUUCAGUACUGAAACAUUUUUUCACAGCUAAAUAGGAAUAGUAUGCUUCUGGUAAGUCACUUGGCACUCAGAACAUGGAUGUGUUAUUAACAGAAGUCAGUGUGCUUAACCACAACAAGCGUGUUCCUCACUUUUUUUUUAAACACACUGUAUGACUUAUCCUUUCUGAUAAUUCGCUGUGUCUGAUGUAAAAUAUUCAGUAAAUAGCAACGUUGACCAAAAUUAAAUAAUUUUGAAUGUGCUCAACUCAUACCAAAUGUCACAAUUGUGCUCAACGAAACUGCUUUGGAGUCCUUCUGCCUUUAACCUUGUGUAAGAUAGCAAAAUGCUAAACAUAAAAAAAUAUUUGGAAAAGUUUGUCAUCUGUGUGUCAUUUUUUGGACUCAGAGGACCAGUGAACAAUCUGUAAAGAUAAUGUAAAUAGAUGCUUUGCAAGGCUUAACACUCACUAAGUCCAUUUUCUCAUCUGCAAUAGGUUUAAAACAUGGCCUCCUGCAAUGAAGAAUGUAUUUCUGUAAAAAGACAGUUUUUAAAUGAACAUACUGGCAACAGGCUAGACUAUUAAUUGAUCUACUGAAUGUAUAAUAAUUAAAAGUUGUAAAAAAUGAUAAGGUACUAUGUCUUUUUUAAUGUCUGUGCAUCUGCUGGUUAAUGUAU